AUGGCAAUCAACGCCGAUGCUAUCCAGUACUAUGCGCUGCUCGGUUUAUGGUGUUGUAUAUAUGGUGUCUCCGGACUAAUCGGCUUCUCACUGCUGCGGCUCGUCUACAAUGUUUCACCUUUCCAUCCGUUAGCCAAAUACCCAGGACCGCUCCUGUGGCGGGCCUCGCGGAUUCCAGCUUCCUGGCACCAGGCUCGCGGCGAUCUGUACAAAUGCAUCGACGCUAUCCACGACCAGUAUGGGCCGACGGUCCGCAUCGCGCCCGACGAGCUUUCGUUCACGAACCCGGAGGCCUGGGCGCAGAUCUACAACACGCGACCUCAGCUGCAGAAGACGCGUUUCCACUUCCCCCCCGCUGAGGGGCGUAAGAUGCCCGAGAGCAUGAUCAUGGCUAGCGACGCGGACCACACCCGGGUGCGCCGCCUGGCCAACCCGGCUUUCAUGACCACGGGGAUCCUGGAAGUCGAGCCCGUCAUGCAGCACUAUGUCGACUUGCUCUGCACGCAACUGGCGCAGGUAUACCAGGAGGGUUCGCAGAACAUGGUCGAGUGGUUCCUCUGGACGCUCAACGACGUAAUCGGCCAGCUGGCCUUGGACCAGGAGUUCGACUGUCUGAAGAAUCGGCGCAUGCAUCAAUGGCCACGCUUCCUGUUGCAGGGGCUCAAGAAUGCCACCAUCUUCAACCAGUUCCGCCGCUUUGGGAUUACUCAGGACAUGCUGCUGCCGCUACUGACCAAGAAGCAGCUGGAGGAGAGGGACAAUUUCUUCAACGCAGCCACCACGGCGGUCAAGCAACGGCUUGAUCGGGAGGAAGAAGAAAAGGCGGGUGACGGCGCCGAGGAGAUGAAAAAGAAGAAGAGACCCGACAUUGUAGGCUUGAUGCUGCGCGAGAUGAAGGACGGCAACCGCCUGACCAACGACGAAGUCACCGCGAACUCGGUGCUCAUCGUCGGUGGAGGCGCCGAGACGACGAGCACAUGCCUGAGCGCGACCUUCUAUCACCUCUGCAAGACGCCGCGCGUCAUGAAAAAGCUCCAGCAGGAGAUUCGACGGUCCUUCUCGAGCAGCCACGAUAUCACCAUCAGAGCAACCUCCAACUUGCCCUACCUCAGGGCAACCGUGGACGAGUCGUUAAGGAUCUUUCCCGUCGCCAGCUACAUCACGCCCCGAACCACGCCCAGGGGAGGACAUCUGAUCGCUGGGGAGAUUGUCCCAGAAGGAACCUACGUGUCGAUGGGCCAGUGGCACAUGGGCCGCUCGGGGCGAUUCUUCGACAACCCCAAGGAGUUCCGGCCAGAGAGGUGGCUUGAGGAAAUGGGAACCAAGGGGCCAUCCGGCCUUCAGGCUGAUGAGAUCCUCAAGCCCUUCAGCCUCGGGCCUCGAAACUGCAUUGGCAAACAGCAAGUUUCCCUAGUGGCUCUCACUGAAGCACGGCUCGUCACAGCGAAGUUGCUGUGGCACUUUGAUAUGGAGCUUGAUGGGGAUCAUCCUACGUGGGUCGAGGAUGCCAGGUUCUACGUUCUUUGGAUGCUUCAGCCGCUCAAGAUCAGAUUGACUCCCGUUGAGCGAUGA